UUACCAGUGUUAUAUGCUAAGUGUGUCGACGGGAAACGGUCGUUUUGAGGUAUUUCAAGAAUGCCUCUUGUUUAAUCUGUGGGACAGGGUUGCUGCACUGCGGAAGCGGAAAACGUUCCCCGAACUGUUUAGUAGUUGUUUCUCUCAAUUACUUGAAGGCAGUUCAUUUCAUAAUAUUUGUGCCUAUUCGAUCAUGGACACGUAAACACAAGCCAAGGGAUUCCCUCAGGGAGAGACUGUUGCAUUGUCACACCCAGGGUGUCCACACGUCAUUGCAGGUAUUAGGCUCUUUAUCAAAUAGACUAACUGCAUUCGUUAAUACGCAUUAUGAUAACAGUACAUUUAAAGGUAUGCGUUGGAAGAAGUGGAUGGUGUCAGAUUUCCCGUGAUCCAGGUUGAUUGCUAAUACUAACAUUUGAUAUUCUUCUCUUAUUUUUGUUGAGCUUACAUUUUGUUUUAAACAUAACUCUUGAUGGGUGUUUUGAAAAUUUAAUAGACUGAAGCUAGAGGUUGGUGCUGGCUAUAGUGGGAGGGGUGGAGCAGAAGCGUCCAUGUCAGAAGACAGCAUUUAGUGUUUUGAAUUCAGAACACAGGUUUUCUCCUGGCAGGAAGGUUAAUUCUCUUCUUUAGUAAACAUAUAUUGUGUGUCAGAACAGAGAAAUGAGCUCAUUUCCAGCUCUAGUUUGAUGUCAUGCUCAGCUCAUUAUGUCCACAUUACGUCUGUAGCUGCAAACAGUUUAUAUGAGUAAGUUAUUAAAAACCUGGGUGUGAUAAGUCAGCAUUCUCUCCCUGAGGGGACAUCCCUUUUAUUUUAUUCAAAUGGAAAUUUUACAGAAAAGUCCAUUUCUAAUGGGUUUGUGCCGUAACAGUGGCCCAGCAGACUUGCAGUAUGACAAUACCUCUGAACUCUUUCGCAUAUCAACUUUUGCCAAAUUCCCCUCCACUGGAGCUGUCACAGAGAGAAGCCUUGCCCGUGCAGGGUUUUAUUACACAGGUGUAGGCGACCGUGUUCAGUGUUUCCGCUGCAAUGUGAGUGCUGAGAACUGGCAGUCUGGGGAAUGCCCAGCAGAGAGGCACAGACAGCUGUCUCCAAACUGCUCCUUUAUCCAGAGCCUACCCUCCACAGCCAACCUGCUGUCCUCUUCCCACUCUGCCUUUUCUCCUCUCCGCAAUGUGGCCAUCAUGCAGGUGUCAACCCCUGGAGCCUCAGCAUCAACUACUGCCCCCACAUCUGGGCAGACAGAGGAACAAGUUGGUUAUCUCAAUAUGGGGCUCAAUAAUCUGGCCCCCUCCAGCCCCCUUGCAUCUCGUGUAGUGGAGGACUUGUCCCACCAAAGGCCCUCAGCUUGCCACAAUCCCAGCAUGCGUCGGGAGCAGGACCGCCUUGACACAUUCCAGAACUGGACUAUCACCACAAUAACCCCAGCUGAACUAGCAAAGGCUGGUUUCUAUUACCUUGGCCAAGGAGACCGUGUGGCUUGCUUCAGCUGUGGAGGGCAGCUAAGCAACUGGGAGCCUGGAGACAGGGCGGUGUCAGAGCACCAGAGACACUACCCUAACUGCCGCUUUGUCAGAGGAGACCGGGCGGAUAACGUAUCCAUUGCCACUGGUGGCAGUGGUACCCUGGCCAACGUAGCCAACUCUGCUAUGCAGCUCUAUGAUGACAGACUGCCUACAUUUGUCAACUGGCCCUCGAGAAUACCAGUGAGACCUGACCAACUGGCAAAGGCGGGCUUUUAUUAUGUUGGUCGAAAUGACGAUGUGAAGUGUUUUUGCUGUGAUGGGGGCCUGAGGUGUUGGGAAUCAGGGGAUGACCCAUGGGUGGAACAUGCCAAAUGGUUUCCAAGGUGUGAAUACCUUUUACAGGAAAAGGGCCAAGAGUUUGUCCAUCAGAUUCAAGCCAGGUUUCCAAGAUUGUUUGAACAGCUGUUAACUAAUGGAGACAGCAAUGGAAGGGAAUUUUUUGAUCCACCAGUGCACAUUGGCCAAGGUGAGCACUCUGAGGAUGCAGUGAUGAUGAACACGCCUGUGGUGCGGUCUGCCUUAGAGAUGGGCUUUGACAGAGGCCUGGUGAAGCAGACAGUGCAGAGCAAAAUCCUCACGAGUGGGGAGAAUUACAAGACCGUGCAGGAGCUGGUGUCUGACCUCCUCAGCGCUGAGGAUGAAAAGAGAGAGGAGGAGAAGGAGCUCUUUGCUGAGGAGAUGGCCACAGAUGGCUUUACUUUUCUGAAAAAACAUUACAUGGCGUUGACUCAGCGUCUAAAGAGUGUACACAGUCUGAUGGAUCAUCUCCUGGAGGAGAACAUCAUAUCCCAGAAGGAGUAUGAGACCAUCCGCGCUGUCCCUGUCAUCAAACAACAGACCAGUCAGCUCAUUGACGUCGUUCUGUCUAAGGGGAACCCAGCAGCUGAGGUCUUCCGAAACUGGAUCAAAAAGAAUGACGUGUACCUCCUGAGAGAGCUAAUGGCCCAGGCAAAUGAAGCUGCAUCACCGAGUCAAGAUCUUUCAGACCUGCCAAUGGAGGAGCAGCUGAGGAGGCUACAGGAGGAGCGUACAUGUAAAGUGUGCAUGGACAAGGAGGUCAACAUUGUCUUCAUUCCUUGUGGGCACCUGGUGGUGUGCAAGGAGUGUGCUCCUUCUUUACGGAAAUGUCCCAUCUGUCGAGGCCUGGUGAAAGGCACGGUCCGCACCUUCCUCUCCUAAUCGAGUUGGGAGCGACACAAACUAAAUCACUAUACUAUUGUUUUAUCAUCAGUCUCACAUUGAGUCAACGGUAUUGGGCCUCUGAAGACUUUGUCUAAUAGUGUCACUGUUCAACAAACUUGAACCACAUUUGGAAAAUGUUUGAAGUAGUUUAGGAAAAGUCUGCUCCAAUCUGAUUGAAAUAAAUUAUGUGAGUUACA